CAUCAAAAUACGCACGCUGUCAACCCAUUACGGCCUUGGACUAUCUGCACCUGCUCCAAUGGCAACAUCUGGAAUCGGGGUCUCUCCAGAUCUCAGCGCUCAGUUCUCGCAUGCAGUGGACAGUAAGGAAACAAGAUUUCUCAAAGUCUCGAUUCAAAACGAGUCUCUCGUACAUGAUCUUUCUAUACCCAUCCAAGGAACAUUAGCAGAAGAUCUCACUAAACUUCAAACUUCCGAAAUUCUGCACGAUGACACCCCGGCCUACGUCCUCACCAAGCUCGAUGACCCGGCCACUGAAUGGCUAGCCAUCUAUUUCGUUCCCGACACUGCGAAAGUCAGAGACAAGAUGCUGUAUGCGUCGACUCGUGCCUCUUUGCUUAAGUCCCUCGGGUCGACACUCUUCACCGACUCCAUAUUUGCCACAUCCAAAGCAGAUCUGACGCCGGAGGCCUAUGAAGCGCACAGAAAGCACAUCCUUGCACCAAAACCGCUCUCUGCCAGUGAACAAGAGCUGGCUAAUGUACGUGCUGCGGAACGGGAGGCGGGAGGUUUGGGAGUAUAUCAAGGAAGUCGGGCGCGAACAACCCACAUGGGUCAAACGGUCGGAAUGCCCUGGAGCUCCGAAUCUGAAGAGGCGGUCAAGAAGCUGGGGGAGUGCAAUGGAUCUGAACUCCUGAUCAUGACAAUCGACAUACCAACCGAAACGCUCACCCUCAAAUCGUUCUCCGAGACAGAGGUAGCAAAUGUUGGUUCCUCCCUCCCUUCAGACGGCGCAAGCUAUGCAUUCUAUGCCUGGAAACACUCCCCCUCAGCUCGUGACAUCAUCUUUAUCUACUCGUGCCCGAACACCUGCCCCGUCAAACAGCGGAUGGUCUACGCAUCUGGCUUCAACUCUGUCUUCUUGAACGCCAAGAAUCUUCUUGAAAGCGCUUCAUCCUCACUCCACAACCGGAAGAUUGAGACGUCUACACCGGAUGAGAUAGAUGAGGCUUUCCUGCGCUCUGAAUACGAUUUUGCCUCUGGCACCAGCACUCCGGCCGGCAGCGCGGUCACGACCCCGAACACAACAGGUGGCCCUGAACAAAAGCCGUUCGCUCGGCCCAAAGGACCAAAGCGUAGAUGAGAAUCAAAUUGAAUAGUCGAGGAAGAGAGGCUGUGUACGGACAUUGUGUUACUGUAACUGAAGAGGAUAUGACUUCAAUGACGC